AACGUAGUGAUAUUCGUAAAAAAACACACGGUGCCGGUGACGGUUUUACGGAUGGACGUGAUUCGCGGAGCUCCGGGACCGGCUCGCCGUCAAACUGCUGACUAAAACAUGGUCCAUUUGAACAAAUGCACGUUAGUGCGGAUCACGGCUGCCACGGUAACGGCGGAAGACGAGUCUACCGAAUGGGAUUUAAAGAUCCGCGGUGACGGUUGCGGUGCUUUGGCGUAAUAUAUGACAUAAAGGGCCGUGAAGAGAAUCAUGUUUAUUGUUUCAUUGAUACGACUGUGAUUGUCGAGCGAAAGCUUCAAAGCUGUCGCCGCCGAAUCGUGCUGGAAACAUUCUCACAAACGUUGCUUUAUCGGCACAUCAAAGCAAGAUGACAGCGGAAAAUACAACCAUUAAAAGUCGGAUUAAACAUCUGCUCCGAGCGCCAUCCAUCAAAUUAAGAAGAAGCAAAGCUGGCAAUAACAAGGAGAAUCUGAGUAAUAAGGUGACGUUGGAGAAAGUUCUGGGAAUCACUUCCGCUGGGAAUCGGGCUCUGGCGUGUGAUCCACACUCGGGGCUGGUGGCCUAUCCAGCCGGGUGUGUGGUGGUGCUACUGAAUCCUAAGAAAAAUAAACAACAUCAUAUUCUCAACAGCUCCAGGAAAACUGUCACCACCCUGUCCUUCUCUCCUGAUGGCAAAUAUGUGGUCAUGGGUGAGAGUGGUCAUAUGCCGGCGGUGCGCGUCUGGGAUGUGGCGGAGAGGACGCAGGUGGCCGAAUUGCAGGAACAUAAGUACGGCGUGGCGUGUGUUGCUUUCUCCCCCAACAGCAAAUAUAUCGUCAGUGUGGGUUACCAGCACGAUAUGAUCAUUAACGUCUGGGCCUGGAAGAAAAAUGUUGUGGUUGCUGCCAACAAAGUCUCCAGUAAAGUGUCGGCCGUGUCUUUCUCAGAUGACAGCUCGUACUUUGUCACGGCAGGAAACAGACAUGUGAAGUUCUGGUACCUGGACCACACAAAGUCAUCCAAGGUUAGUGCUACUGUGCCAUUACUGGGUCGCUCUGGUCUUCUGGGAGAACUGCGGAAUAACUUUUUCAGCGAUGUGGCCUGCGGAAAGGGCCGGAAGGCGAGCAGCACAUUUUGCAUCACUUCCUCUGGGCUGCUUUGUGAGUUCAAUGACAGAAGAAUGCUGGACAAAUGGGUGGAGCUUAGGAGAAGUGACAGUUUCGCAACUAGUAUGGCCACAUCUUUGUCCGUCUCUGAGGAUCUGAUAUUUUGUGGCUGUGCUGAUGGUACAGUAAGAGCUUUUAGCCCCAUUGACCUGCACUUUAUUUGUACACUGCCUCAUCCUCACAGCCUGGGUACAGACAUCGCUGCUGUGACUGAAGCCAGCCACCUUUUUGCCUACAAGGAAAACGUCCGCUAUCCUGACACAGUUGCCGUGUCCUAUGACCCCACAAGUCACUGGCUGUCCUGCGUUUACAACGACCACAGUCUGUACGUAUGGGAUAUUCGUGACCUCCGUAAGGUGGGCAAGGUAUAUUCGGCCCUCUACCAUUCAUCCUGCGUUUGGAGCGUGGAGGUGUAUCCAGAGAUGAAGGAUGGAGAGUCACGUUUGUCUCCCGGGUCCUUCCUCACCUGCUCAUCCGACAACACGAUCCACUUGUGGAACAUAGACGGUCAAAACACAACCCUUAACCGAAACGUCAUCAGUGGCGACCUCCAGAAGGUCAUUUAUAUGGACAGCAACACCUCCACACUUGUCGACACAGAUUGCAUCUCCAGUAAUUCAGAAAAGGUCGACCCGCAAACAUCAGAUAACCGGACGGGCAUUAGGACCCUGUGUGUAAGCCCAGACGGGCUGCAUUUGGCUUCAGGGGACCGCAAUGGAACGCUGAGAAUCCAUGAUCUGGAGAGUAUGGAAGAGAUUCUGGAUGUGCAGGCUCAUGAUGCUGAGAUCUUGUGUCUGGAGUACUCUAAACCUGAGACUGGGUUGAAGUUGUUGGCCACCGCCAGUAGAGACAGACUGAUUCAUGUUCUGGAUGCUGAUAAGGAGUACAGCCUCCUACAAACACUGGAUGAACACUCAUCCUCCAUCACUGCUGUCCGAUUCGCCGAAAACGAUGGAAAAGUCAGAAUGAUCACGUGUGGCGCGGAUAAGAGUAUCUAUGUCCGCACGGCACAGAAGACAGAAGAAGGUACAACAUUUACACGAACUCAUCACAUAGUGAGAAAGACUACACUGUAUGACAUGGACAUCGACCCGAGCAGAAAGUAUGCUGUUAUCGGCUGCCAGGAUCGCAGCAUAAGGAUCUUUAACAUCUCCAAUGGCAAACAGAAGAAAGUCUAUAAGGGCUCUCAGGGGGAGGAUGGGACCCUUAUCAAGGUCCAGACAGAUCCAUCAGGUAUGUACGUGGCCACAAGCUGCUCGGACAAGAACAUCAGCAUCUUUGACUUCUACACCGGAGAAUGUGUGGCCACCAUGUUUGGACACUCGGAGAUUGUAACAGGAAUGAAGUUCACUAAUGACUGUAAACACCUGAUAACAGUGUCAGGAGACAGCUGUAUCUUUGUGUGGCGACUGUGUCCUGAGCUGACCAUCAAUAUGAAACAACGUCUCGCAGAUCUCAAACAGAACAGCAGACCGGUUCAAAAGACUGCUCCUAACCAACAAAAUACAAUUGGCACAAGAAAAGAAGUCCACAGUGCUCCGAUCAUUGGCACAAUGUCAUCUGAUAGCGACAAAGAUGUGGAGGAAGAGGAGGGCAUCGAGGAGGAAGAUGAGAUGUUUACACAUCUGUCAUCUAGCGAGGAAACCGGAUCAUCAGAGGAGAAGCGCAAUAAUCUUAACUCCCAAAUGAAGAAGCAACACAGCAGCGAUGAGCACGAGGGUUCUUCUGGUCCACGGCCGAGGCGUCGCUGGUCCAGUCGAAUCAGCAGUAUGGAUCUGAAGGUGAAGUCCAUGCUGGACCUGAGGCAGCUGGAGUCUUUCUCUAUGCCGCGCUUCAACAGCAAAACCCCUGAUGUUCAGAAGGAACCACUACCCAGGAACCAAGGAUUAGGAAGCAACGUCAGCCUGCAGACCAUCGCUGCAUGGGUACCUGAAGAUAAUGGUCCAGAAGUGCAAACUCGUCCUCAGUAUAUCCAGUUGUCCCCCCAAACCCCAGACGCCGAGGUGCUGUACCCCGAGGGAUGUGAAGACCAAAUCAGUCUUGCCGGCAGUGAGUAUCAGGUGAAAAGUUUAGCUCCUGGAAUGAGAUGUGCUAAAGUCAACUCUUGUCCUGAGAAACAAAGUCCGGACAGCGCCUGCUCCAUUGAAUAUUCCAGCAGCUGUCUGUCCAGCCCUGAACAUCCAGGAGAAGACUCUGAGCCUACUGAGCCUUUGAGCGUUGAUGGAAACUCUUCAGAAUUAGAUAUGGAGGAUCUGGAUGAGGAAGAGGAGGACACCUUGAGGAAGACUGAGGUUCAGACCCCUCAGUCUGUGCCUCAGACUCCAGACCAGGAGGCCUUUCUCAAGAAGCACUUUGCCAACCUCUCAGACCUCAACACAUCUGCAAGUUCAACCAGAGUGACCAUAAACAUCUCUGACAGCAUAUCGUCAAAGUUCCUCUCUCAGAACUCACCUAGCAUUGGUUUUCCGUUCCCCUCAAACAAAAGACCUGACAGUAAGACCGCCAGCGGUGUGGUGCGGCCCCUUAUCUCAGAAGUCCGCCCCAUCAUGGAAAAUAAAAGUCCAGGCAGGCAGCAGGAAUUCCAGGUCUCUGAGAGGACACCAGUUCAGCGUUUGAUCCAGAAGAAACGCACACCUGCCACAGACUCCCGCAGGAUGAUCAGUCCAGUCGCUAAAGCUGCCUCUGCAUGCAUGAGGAAAGCUCAAUCCAUUCACAACAUCUCUUCUGAGGCUGACAUGGUCCAUGCACCAACUCGUCCAUUUAAGGAAGUCCAACCACAGAGCCAGAACUCUGAACGCAGUGUCCACAAUACACCACGGCGUUCCCUUCCCACAGUCCCAGUUACUGGUCCCACAACCACCACACCCACAAAACCAAAGUCUCGUUCCUACAUGAGCCCCACCACCAGCUCAAUGGCCAAGAUAUCUCGCUCUGUGUCCAUGGGGGACAGUCUGAAUGUGGUAGAACUAGAAGACACUGGAUCAUCAGACCCACGCCGGGACAUCUCCAACCCUCGGAGCACCUCCCAGAGCAAGCCUAGUACUCCUGUUUCCAUGAUUUCCUCUCCUAACAGUGCUGCAUUCCCGUUUCCAGGCCCCCACGUGCCCCAUGCGGCAGUUGUACCUACGCUUAGUGCUGGCUCAAGUGAAAAUCCUUUCGUGAAAGGUCUACAAGCCAAACUGACCGGCAGUGCUCGCCCUCUGCUCCAUAUAGACAUUCCCAAUCCACUUCCGGACAAACCUUCUUUGUCUUCCCUUUCACCCAGCAGCAAAUCCCCAAAGUUUGUACAAAAGGAAAAGGGGUUUUCAUGUAGAACCCCAACAACUCCAUCUUCACUUACUCAACCCAUUCAACUGCCCAGUGGCAUUGUACAGCCACUCACCGCUGUGCAUUCAACCCCAGACUCAGAACGGAUUGACCUCAGUAUGCUACUCAUUCCAGACCAAAAUAAAGACUUGACAGAAGCAGGACUCCAUUCAAACACCAAGCCAGAAAAUGAGGAAACUCCCAAGGAUGAGUGUUCUUCCAUUGGCCAGUGCAGUCUAGGACUUCUUCAGCCUCAGGAAUCAGGUUUGCUGGGACAUCAGUCUUCCUUGGUUUCAUCUUCUGUCCUGCUGCGGCUUUCUAAACACUUCUUUACCAAAGGGCUCUGGCCUCUACCUUCCUCUGCCUCCUCCAUCACCUCUUUCAUCUCUUCCUCGCCCUCUCCAUCCAUUAAUCAUUACCACCUGAAGGACACAUGUCUCAACGUGGACUCUUGUAGGAUGGUUGCCAAUGAAUUGCAGAGCAGUUUUAAAAGAGCCUCCCACCUAUAUAAAAUGCUAAGCAACUCCACCGACUCCGGUGAGGAGCGGAGGGAAAUGACACGCGUGCUGGCCAAAGCGUUUGAAGCGAUGAGAGCCGAGCUGAAUUCCCUGCCUCCAUGCGCUCCUUCAGGAUCGGCAAGGACCGACCACACGUACGCGUCGGGCAACCGCGACUCGACUCUGGGUGAUGACCGGACGCUAGCACUUUUAGAGCAGUACUCCAAACUGCUCCUCAAUGCAGUGGAAAAGAGGAUGGAUGACAAAAUCUAAGGAUACCAAGCCAUGAUGUGUUUUAAAUAAAGAGAUUGAAAGGAACGCAGCUAUUCUACCUCCAUGUUUAGCGCUGUUACAGCAACAACAAGCCCUUGGCUUUUCUUGCCAGAUUAUGAGGGUUAUUCAUCACGAGGGUUUGUGUUGGCUGCAUGGUACAGCUAUGGAUCCCAUGGGCACCAUUGUCUUGAAGACGAAUCAUUAAAAGUUUAAUAUGGAUGCAGACUGACAAACUGAAGUGAAACACUGUUACAAGAAAUGUGAAGAGCAAACUUAUGUUUGCACAUUGCUUGAAUUUGAUAUUUUAUGCUCGAGGGACGGGCAUCCCUGGAAGUCUUAACAAUCCGGUUUGAUCUCACUUUUAACUUUUUAUUACUGAAAUGAUUUUAUACUGUAUGUUGUGUUUGUGCCGAUGCUCUCAAGUUUAAUUGGGACGUUGAGAUGUGUAUUUAUUAUUAUGUGAUGAUGGGUCACCGACACUCUUUGUACAGUGACACCCAGCAGGGUCUGUUUGGUUCGUGAGGAAAGCUCAGUGUCACCGGACAUUUAGCAUUUAGAGGUAAUAAUUAGGGAUGCACCGAAUAUUCGGCCAUCGAAAAUUUAUUACAUUUAUAAAAGAGUUUUAUCACCGAAACAAUACGGCCAAAACGCAACCUGCACGUGCUUGUCUAAAGCAACAUGUCUGCAGUGUUCCCUAGCUCCCAAGGUCGUGAAUCAGUACGGAUCACGGUUCAGCUUGCAUGCGAUUCGUGGAUUAAUACGCAAAUUUAUGUAAGGAAAGUUUAUCAUUUGCACGUGUUUCAAAGGCUUGCAAAUGUUAACAUUCAAGUGAUUUUAAACAAUUUAACAGCAAAAAGGCGCUAAAGUGAGCAGUUUUCUGUACGCACAGAUGCACAUGUGAUUGAAUUUGUCCGGUCCAACUCCAAUCAGACGUGAUUAUCACUAUGCCCUUCAAAGAUCAGGGGCCUCAUUUAUAAAAUGCUGCGUAAAAGCCAUCCUACAUUUGAUCUAACGAUCAUUUAUCAAAAAUGCAUACGUGUGAUUCAUAAACCGAACGUACGUGCAGAAAUCGCGUGUACCCCUUUUAAAUCUAUAAAUCGCAAAUGAACUUGAACUUAUGCGCAGCCGAGCAGUUUUAGAUCUCCAUUUUUAAACGAUGCCCAAUUAAUGUUAUAGAUGUAAAAAAGAGCGAUUGUCAAUGUUUAAACCCAAUUUCGAGCAGCAAGAAUGGCUUAUAUUUCCAAAAGCUAAGCACUUUUCCACGUCAAAGACAGUUUUUAUACUGUAGUCCAUUAACAUACAUUUGGCGAAUAGAGCAAUGAAAACAACGUAAUGGUUUUAUUUGGAAUGACUGUGAAUGCUGCGCGCUUGAAUUCGCCCUCCGUCUGUGUGUGUGCGCGCGCGUGCGCGUUUAAGUGCACUCAGUAGUGCAUACACGGAGAGACGCGUUUCAAAAAGCAAGCAAACAUAAAAUCUUUCUGUUAUUGACAGGGCACAUACAAAAAAAAUUAUCUACACUGUACUCUUUUUCUAUUAAAGGCUCUCUAAGCGAGUAAUGUGCGACGUCACUUCCUGUUGAUGUUUGAACUGUUUUCAAACAAACAGAGCGUAGCUAACGCCUCCCCCUCCCUCUCCCGUCCGUGCUUUCAUGAACGCGCCCAACCCCCACCCCCAAAUCCUUCUUGUCGUUUAUUGGCUGGAACACUUUGUUAUGUUUUGUUGUGCUAGGUUUGGCCACUAUGUUGAUAUUGCCGUUUGUCGAGCCUGAGCUGUCUACAGAGAUCGCGUUUUUUUACAGUUUGAUCAGCGGACAGGCAGCAAGCAGAUAGUGAGGAGAUGUUUGCUGUAUGUAACAAAAAAUGUUUUAUGGUCUAAAACGCGUCAAUUCGCUUGGAGCGCCUUUAAAGGUGUAGCGGAGGAUUUUCUCAAAAAGUGGAGAACCGCCUUCUCCACUUUUUAAAAAAUGCAAUUGCGCAACACUCCUGAUUGACAACUAGGAGGACCAAUAGUCUUGAUGAUCCACCCGGAUAAAGAAAAUCCUCCGCAAUAACCUUAAAACAUUUGUUUAUUUCUUAAGUGUAUGUAUAGAUUACAGGCAGAAACCAAUACGUGCUUAUCUUAAAGAGACAGUAACCUCAAUUAACAUACUUAAGUCUGUCUGUGUCAUCAUUAAUGUUAAUCAAUCAACCCAAGACAAAGAGAAAAUCACUUUUGUAGCUCUAAAAAUAAUAAUUAUAUUUAAUGUAUACAAUAAAGACAGUGUUAUGAUUCAUUUAAUUUGAUUUCUGUACCUAAUGAUAAUUUCAGACCUUACUUAAUGUGCAACUUUGUUCUUUUUUUAUAAAUGUUUGUAAUUUCUUUAUUAGAUUAUUAGAUUUCCCAUCCCUUUUUGCCGAUCCGAAAAAGAAUCCGAUCUGGGCCUCAGAAACUGUAAAUUGAUCUGAACCGUGAGUUUUGUGAUCCGUCACACCCCUAGUAAAGUUAGUACACAGUGAUAGCCGUAAAUGCAAUGUUGCUAAUAAUUGGCAUAAUUUUCUUUCUGCGUUUCGGUUUCCGGCCUUGGUUUCCUCUUUUUUCGGUUUCGGCCAAGAAUUUUCAUUUCGGUGCAUCCCUAGUAAUAAUGUAUGGGGGAAAACUUUCAUGAAAGCUUGCAUGUUUAACUAACCCGAAUUGAAUGAUGAAGAUUUUGUAUGCAUUUUUUCCAGAAGCUUUUGUACUUGAAAUGGUAACUGUCUGUCUCAAGGAUACAGGUGCCUUAAUGUUGACCAGCAAUUUGAUGAUGAAGAAUAAUAAAUCUGGCAUUUGCAA